UCUGCGCGGGCUGCGUCCCUGUUCUUCCCGGGAGGCUCCUCGCCGCCUGGUGCUGUAGAGGCCCAUGGAGGGAAAGGAAGAUAAGCAUCAAAAGCAUAAAAUAGAGGAUGGUGCUAUGGCAUAUGUAACUGAAAAUAAAGAAGAAAUUAAACAUGAAAAAAACCCUGGACAAAGCAUACGACAUUCAAAACCACGUGUCGGAAGAGGACGUAUAUAUUAUGCUAAAUUCAUUAACACAAAUGCAAGAACAUACAAUGAACCAGUUCCCUACAUAGAUCCCAAAAAAGGGCCAGAAAUACAGGGUGACUGGUGGCCAUGUGGUAAAGCCCUGGAACCUGUCUUCCUACCACCUUAUGACCCUAAGAGCACGCAGAGGAGUGACUUCCAAAAACCAUCAUAUCCACUGGUUCUGCCAGUCAAACACAGCAAGAUGCAAAAGCCUUCUUACGGAAUAGUUCCGCUCGUCUUUCCUGGUACAUCAGAACUUCAAAACAAUUUUAUAGAAUACAUCUCUUUUAUACAUCAAUAUGAUGCCAGGAAAACUCCAAAUGAGCCUCUCUGGGGAAAGAGACAUGGAGCUUUUGUGCAGAGAGAGAUAAAACCAGGGAGUAGGCCAACAGUUCCUAAAGGAACAGAGGUAUUACUGAAUGCUCCAGGGUCACGUUCAUCAGAACAGUCCAAAAAAACAGAGAAAGGAAACUCAGCGGAAAGCAGAAUGAUCUCACCAGGUCUCUGCCAACAAAAUUCCCAAGAGCUGUUAAAGACUAAAACUCACUUAUCAGAAACAGACUUCAGACAGGCAGCCAAGGCAUGCCCCAGCAGUCCUGAGAGCAGAGAAAAGACCACAGGCGUCACUCCAACAACUGAAGGCGAUGCUCUUUUCAGCAGGCACAAGCCUUUAAAUCCAGCAAUUAAAAAAUCAGAAUAAAUUACCUUCUUCUAAUAAAAGUAUAAUCCCUGGAAUACAGGGGAAUUUCACAAUCUUCAUCUUGGCCUUUACAUUUACUCUUUUUGUUAUCAGUAACCUCAGAACAUACUAUUAUGUAAAUGGAAAAAGAGAAAAAAAAGACAGUUAGAAUACAACCAAAUGUU